GGAGCGCCGAAGCCGCCCGCGCGGGCGCCGAGAGGAGAGGCGAGGCGAGGCGGGGAGUGCGAGCGGCGGCGGCCACUGCCACGUCUUCCCGGCAGUGGCGGCGGCGGCGGCGCGGGAGGAGGAAUAAUCCGGGUCGCCUUCACUGGAAAUCAGUUUGCUGAAACUAUUGAUACGCAGUUCUUAACGCUGAAGAAAAGAGUUUGGAGGCCUAGGCUGUGGGCAUUUUGGGCCUCAGCGAGACUAGUCACAUGCACAUGCUGAUGUGGAAAAGCCAGGAGAAUUCAUCCUGGAGGCAGUGACGGCAGCUCCAUCUGGUGUCCAGGGGCAGUGGUGGUGGCCUCAGCGCCCCCUGCUCCAGCGGCAGUGUCCUGGUGAUGCUACAGCCUAGGGCCUCCUCGAGGCCCUCGGGGAGGUCCUGCGCCUUGACCACACGAGCGUGGCCCUUCCUCCAGACCCCCGCUCCGGACGCGCCCACCUAGCGUCUCCCAGGAACCAUGCGGCAGCUCAAGGGGAAGCCCAAGAAGGAGACGUCCAAGGACAAGAAGGAGCGGAAGCAGGCCAUGCAGGAGGCCCGGCAGCAGAUCACCACCGUGGUGCUGCCCACGCUGGCCGUGGUCGUGGUCCUGAUCGUGGUGUUUGUGUACGUGGCCACGCGCCCCACCAUCACCGAGUGAGGGCCCGUCCCGAGGGAGCAGGCUCGGGAGGGGAGAGCAGAAGAAUGGCCUUCAUCCGCUGCGAUUUUCCUGAUGCCGAGCUCUGAGCAGGAGCCCCCGUCUCCUCUGGUCUGUGACUUGAUUAAAGGUUCUCCACUUUUCUCGGGAGGGAAUAGGAAACGUUUUAUCAGUGAACGUGCCAUACACCUUAUGGUCCACUUCAUGUGCCUUUCAGACUUCAAAGCCGUGUGUGUGUGUGUGUGUGUGUGUGUGUGUUUCUCGCCUGCAAUCGAUGUGUAGCCCCACCUGGUGAGAGGAGGCGUCUCUGGGUCACGGAUCAGUUGGAAUCAGUGCUCACCCCAUCCCCGUUGUUUUGAACAUGACUUUCCUACACGUGUUCACAAUUUCCAAAGGGACUGUGUUUCUUCUCUGUGCUUCAUGUGAUUUGAAAUAUGUCGACUCAAAAGUGAAAUAUUUAUUUUUUGAAUAAAGGAGAUGAUAGCCUUAAA